CGUCGUUGCCCGGAUGUGCGGCGGCUUUGCACCCCUCUCUUCCCCUCCUCCGUUCUUGCGGAUUCACACGGCGGAAUCGGAGAAGGGCUGGCGGCAGAGGUAGCCGGAUAGCGAGGCUCAUAGGCUGGGGCUUCCACCCAGAAACUGCGGACUCGACUCUCUUGUUUUGACAGGGGUGGGUGGGCAUAAUAAUCACUAGUCACAGGCAGCGACGAGACAGAGACGGAAGAAGAAGCGGACGGGGGAAAAAUAUAAAAAAGAAGCGGCGCAAGACGGCUGUUGAUCGAAAUAUCUGGAAGAUUAACCUUCGUCGGCCAGGAUGGGAAAUGAAGCGAGCUAUCCCCUGGAAAUGUGCUCACACUUUGAUGCUGACGAGAUUAAACGGCUAGGAAAGCGAUUUAAGAAACUGGAUUUGGACAAUUCUGGCUCACUAAGCGUUGAGGAAUUUAUGUCUCUGCCAGAGUUGCAACAGAAUCCACUAGUACAGCGAGUCAUAGAUAUAUUUGACACAGAUGGAAAUGGUGAAGUUGACUUUAAAGAAUUUAUUGAAGGGGUCUCCCAAUUUAGUGUUAAAGGUGACAAAGAACAGAAAUUGCGAUUUGCUUUCCGCAUCUAUGACAUGGAUAAGGAUGGCUACAUCUCUAAUGGAGAGCUUUUCCAGGUGCUGAAAAUGAUGGUUGGGAACAAUCUAAAGGACACUCAGCUACAGCAAAUUGUAGACAAAACCAUAAUUAAUGCAGAUAAAGAUGGAGAUGGAAGAAUAUCCUUUGAAGAGUUUUGUGCAGUUGUAGGAGGCCUAGACAUCCACAAAAAGAUGGUGGUUGAUGUGUGACCUCUUCAAGACUCCACCCAACACUUCUGCUUUCUUCUCCAUUUCUGAAGAUCUGCCCAAAAUGUCCAGCAAUGCUUUGUGUAUUUAAUGGAAGUAUUUUCUCUGUGAAGCCACUUUUUCCAACAUGAGCCUCAUGAAGCCAACUAAGUGUUAUUGAACUGCAAUUCUCUCAAUAACCUAGUGUAGCACUUUAAAAUCUGAAGGACAGCUGAAAAGGAGCAUCUCAGUGUGGUGAAGGGGCAGGGGUUGGAUUUUUAUUUAUUUCAUUCUCAUCUUUUAUAAGGAAGUAUAUCUAGAGCUUUGUAAAUGUAUAAGUAGUAAGUUGGGCUUCAAUAAACGAUGCAGAGACUUGAUUUAAAAUAAAGUAGUCUACGAAGUGCCAAGCAUGGAUUACACAACCCAUUUUAAAAUAUCUUUAUCAUUGUUUUUAUUUGGCUCCCCAUUAUGUAUUUCAUUUCAUAAUAGAUUAUAAACUUGAAUAGUUAAUUCUUGUGAGCAGAGUUUACUUUUGUUUUAGUAUAUUGACUUAAUGUAAACAUCUUUUCUGAAUACAAUUUACAUAUUAAUGUUCCAUAUUUUAAUUUCUUUUUUAGGGACUUAAAGCUAGUUCAUCUUUCAGUAAUUCCUCUAGCAUAAUGUAGAUGGCAGGAAUGAUUAAGUGGCAGAUCUUUAUAUUGAUAUGGUAAUUUGGUGAGGAUUAUCAAGUAGACAUUUAACCACAGUUGGUAUUUUUGCUGUUAAAUUGAUUAAACAGUUCAGUUUGCAAGGAAACUUAAGAGAACAGCAUAACCUCCAACAUCUUCUGUCAUAAUGCAGUUCGUUGUACCAUGGAUUGAAAGUUGUUUUAAGCUUGCUUUCAGAUGGAUGCCUUUCUCAGAUUGAAUUUCUGCUUAUUGUCAUCCAUUUACAAUCUUGAGUUUUAGUAUGUUUGUGAGGAAUGAGCUGUUUCUAUUUUUUUUGUAAAGUAAACAAAACUUGCAACAAUUAGCUACUUAACCUGGUCUGUUCAUUUAAUAAGAUGUCUGUUGGGAUAAAGGGGGGGGGGGGACUAGUUUAUUUUCUUCGCAAAGAUUGU